GGUAAUAUGUUAAGUUGGCUGUAUUUGGCAACGUUAGCAUAAAAACAGUAUAAAUUUUGUUGAUUGAAAAUGGGUAAAAUUUUAGCCUUUUUUAUCCCAAAUUCUUAAAUGUGUAACAGUUUUCGAAUACUAUAAGCAAUGAAAAUGUGUGGACAAUUGGAAACGCAUCAAAGAGACAAGGAAGGUAUCAAUAAAUCUCAUAAUAGCAAAAUAAAAAUAAAAAAGCUUCGCAAGAAUUUGGCACAGUUGAAGCACCCACGGCAAAAAUUUUGUGCUCGUUGGGAAACUGAAUUUCCCUGGCUUAAAGCAGAUCGCAUAUAUGAGUCGAUAGGGAUAUGUAUGGUGUGCAGAACAGAUUUAGUCUGCAAGAAAAGUCAUUUGGAACGUCAUGAAAAGUCCCUUAAGCACACGCAAUUGCAGGAAUUAGAAAACGCUGUUACCGAAAAUGUUCAAGUGACGAAACAUCCUGAAAGUCAAUAUUUGGAAGACUAUUGCUACGAAAACGCGAAAGAUUGCAAUGAGAACAUAAAACUUAACAGAAUUGGAGCCGUACCUGCCAAAGUUGUGAAACUUCUUCAAGCAGAAAAACCUGAAAUUAGCCCAGGGCGAAGCAAUUUGGCAAGAAAUAAACUCGCAGCUGUCAGAAGGUCACUCCUAUCAAAAACCAAUCGCUUAAAAUUAUUAAAUCGCAUUGAUAAAGAGCGACAGGAUUUGGGUAAAUACUUGCGAACACAACGAACGUCAGAUAUAUCGCAUAUGCUGAGUACAAUCGUUCCUCAAAAAGACAGUUUUGACUUGUUCUUUGAAUCAAUGAGCUGCACAGUAAGAGCAUUGCCGCCUAAAUUGGCGGCGGAGGUUAAAAGCCGUGUCUCUCAGCUUGUAGCAGAGUUUGAAUUGCGAGCAAUUCUUGAACGCGAGUCUUUCGAAAGUGCAUCUGCAAAUUGAGGGAAUGAUAUCGAGCUUUCUCAGAAUUGUAUUACAUAUCUACUGUAUACAUUUAUCUAUACAUUUCUAUAUAUGUAUGCAUUUGUUUUGUUUUUUUUUUUCUUCAAAAAGAUAGUAUUAUUAUUAUUAUAAUUAAUAUAGCCAGAAAAAUAUAUUCAAAGACUAAAAUUUUAAAGCAUCUGAGGCUAUCGGGUUUAUUAAUGGAUGUCGAAGGAGCAAGAUGAGUUACACGCAGUCGUAAAUGUUUUGAAACUGAAUCACCUAGGCAGGCAAAACGAUGUGCAUUUAAUAUGAGUGCCUGGACGUUCGGGUUUUAAAGGCAACGAAAGGGCUGACUUGUUUGGCUAACAGAGAGACCGGGAGGACCUGAUAGCUUCUGAAGCUUUCCGUGGUGUACCUAGAAGCCAUAUGGCAAUGGGCACAGAAGAAAUCAGAUUGCCAUUGGAAGCAGGGCAACGGUAGGCAAAAAGAUUCGUAAAAUCUUGCGGGAUGGCACAUAAACUGCUGUAACUAAGAAGACGAUCAUCGUUUAGUCGCAGACCUCAUGUGUUCAGCGAGCUUUUCGCUAAAGUUAGCCGGCCAUCAUGUAGUGCUCCGAACAUAAGAAUCAUAAAACUGGAGGGCUAGGGACACCAGCGAGCACAAUAGAUCUUCUAGGCCGCGAUGCGGAUUGCCCACGCAAUUAACAAUAAUAAAUGUUCGUAUAAAUUAAAAUACUUAACAUCAAUUGUCAAAUCAAAGAACUAAAAAAAAUGUUCAAGCGCCUUUUGCCGAAAGUGACACGUACACUAUUUAAACUCCAAAAAUUUUCCCCUUCAGAAUUUUUUUGAGUGGAAAUGUUAACCAUUUUUAUUGGCUCAGUCUAGUUGGUCUUAACCAAAAGGAAAAAGAUUGUAAGAUGUAAUCCCCGACAAGAGGGCCACACGGGCAUGGAUAGCUAGGGACCUGAACAUUUCAAAAAUAAAGUUACUGCAGCAUCCCAAAAAAAGUGUUUUUUUGACAAUUCUUUGCAUCAAAAGCAAGAGGAUUUUAAGCAUA